AGUAAAAUAUUGUACAACUGGCAACACUGAAUGUUGUUGUUGUUAUUAGGAAGCAGCAGGGACGGCACUGCAUCACAAGCCGUACUUUUACCGUCUCCCCCGGCAUAAUGUCGGGGUGUAUCGAAAUCCCGUUGCGGGAUAGCGAUGAGGUGAUUGAAUUAGACUUAACAUCGCUUCCAGAUGUAGAGGAAGUUCUUGGAAUCCUCACAAAUGAAAAAGUUCCCCUAAGUUACUGGGUAGAUUUAUCUAUUGAAUAUUACAAACAAAAAAAUGAAGAGGCCUUCGUACGUAUACUUGAAGCCAGCAGGGUUGAUGCCACCCUCACUGGGGAUUCAGAAAAAGGACAGAUGCGGUCAUAUGAUACUCUGGCAGCCUACUAUGUACAGAAGGCUUAUAAAGAAAAAGAGCCUCAAGCCAAGAAAGAUCUUUUCCAAAAGGCAACGUACUUGUACACAACAGCUGACAAGAUCAUUAUGUACGACCAGAACCAUCUGUUGGGUCGUGCCUAUUUCUGCCUUCUCGAAGGGGAUAAAAUGGAACAAGCUGAUGCACAGUUCAAUUUUGUGCUCAACCAGUCUCCAAAUAACAUCCCCUCUCUCCUGGGGAAAGCUUGUAUUGCUUAUAAUAAGAAGGAUUAUCGAGGAGCAUUGGCAUUUUACAAAAAGGCUCUGAGAACUAACCCUAAUUGUCCAGCAGCAGUCCGUCUUGGGAUGGGUCACUGUUUUAUGAAGUUGGGAAACCAGGACAAAGCCAGACUUGCCUUUGAACGAGCUUUAGAACUGGACGGGAUGUGUGUUGGAGCACUUGUUGGUCUGGCUGUACUAGAGCUUAAUGAGAAAAAACCUGAUCACAUUCGUCGUGGUGUUCAGAUGUUAUCAAAAGCGUAUAAUAUUGAUUCAACAAAUCCAAUGGUCCUCAAUCACUUGGGAAAUCACUUCUUCUUUAAAUCGGACUGGGCCAAAGUUCAGCAUCUCUGCCUACAUGCCUUCCAUAACACAGAAAAUGAAUCAAUGAGAGCCGAGUCUUGCUACCAGAUGGCUCGUGCACAUCACGUUCAGGAAGACUAUUCUCAGGCCUUUCAGUAUUAUUACCAGGCAACACAGUAUGCACCACCAAACUUUGUCCUCCCUCAUUAUGGGUUGGGUCAAAUGUAUAUAAACAGAGGUGAUCAAGAAAAUGCAGCACAGUGUUUUGAGAAAGUGUUAAAAGCGCAACCUGGAAACUAUGAAACCAUGAAGAUUUUAGGAUCUUUGUAUGCAAGUUCAACUUCACAAAGUAAAAGGGAUUUAGCAAAACAACAUCUUAAAAAGGUAACAGAGCAGAUGAGUGACGAUGUUGAGGCUUGGAUCGAGCUUGCCCAGAUUCUUGAAGGUAGUGACCUCCAAGGGUCAUUAGCUGCAUAUCACAAAGCCACAAAGCUCCUAGAGGAUGUUAUUCAAAUGGAAAUUCCCCCAGAAAUUUUGAAUAAUAUUGCUGCCCUCCACUUUAGAUUAGGAAAUUAUGAAGAAGCGCAGAAACAUUUCAAGAUGGCUUGGGACAGAUGUGAAGCUGAAAAGCAACAGGAACAACCACAAUAUUAUUCUUCCAUAUCUGUAACAAUUAAAUAUAAUACUGGAAGACUUUACGAAAUGUUUUGUCAAUUUGAUAAAGCUGAGAAGUUAUACAAAGAAAUUCUUCAAGAUCAUCCAAACUAUGUUGAUUGUUAUUUAAGGCUUGGUUGCAUGGCAAGAGACAGAGGUCAGAUUUAUGAUGCUUCUGAUUGGUACAAGGAAGCUUUGCGUAUGAACAACGAACACCCUGAUGCCUGGUCGCUGAUGGGAAACUUGCAUUUAGCGAAGAAUGAAUGGGGUCCAGGCCAAAAGAAGUUUGAACGAAUUUUAAAGAAUCCAAGUACAACCAAUGAUUCCUACUCCUUGAUUGCCCUUGGCAAUGUUUGGUUAACGACACUCCAUCAGCCCAAUCGUGACAAGGAGAAGGAACGGAAGCAUCAGGACAGAGCUUUGGCGAUGUACAAGAAUGUGUUGAGAUCAGACCCCAGGAGUAUAUGGGCAGCAAAUGGCAUUGGUGCUGUGUUGGCUCACAAAGGCUACAUCAAUGAAGCUCGAGACAUAUUUGCUCAAGUUCGAGAGGCCACUGCAGACUUUAGCGAUGUCUGGAUGAAUAUUGCUCACAUAUAUGUGGAGCAGAAACAGUACAUUAACGCAAUUCAGAUGUAUGAGAAUUGCCAAAAGAAAUUCUUCAAGUACCCUCAUGUUGAAGUGCUGGGUUACCUUGCCAGGGCUUAUUACAAGGCAAUGAAGUUAAAAGAAGCAAAAUAUACAUUAUUAAAGGCAAGGCAUGUUGCUCCUCAUGACACUGUAAUUCUGUACAACUUGGCUCUUGUACUUCAGAAGCUUGCAUCUCAGGUUUUGAGAGAUGAAAAAUCAAAUUUGAAGACUGUCUUAGCUGCUGUACAUGAGCUAACUUUAGCCCAGAAGUACUUCCAACAUCUGAGUGUAAAUGGUGAUCGAUUGAAGUAUGAUCUUGGAGCAGCUGCUGCGGAAGCCAGCCAGUGCCGUGAUCUUCUCUCCCAAGCUCAGUAUCAUGUUGCACGUGCCCGUCGACAAGAUGAUGAAGAGAAGGCUCUGCGUCGUAAACAAGAAGAGGAAAGAAAUGCCCUUAAACAGAAGGUUAUAGAGGAGAGGCUGAAGCUUGAGGAAUCAAGACGUCAGAGAUUGGAAGAAAAGAUAAAAGAACGUGAGAUAUACAAGGAAAAGAUGAAGAACGCUGUCAUUAUUCAAGAAGUUGCUGAAGUGUCCAAGAAAGGUGGACGUGGCCGGAAAAGAGACUAUGAUAUUCUCUCAGAUGGGUCUGGUCCUGGAAGUGGAGAUGAGGGAGGUGCUCCUAAGUCCAAGAAAUCUCGAGGACGCAAGAAGAAGGAGCCUGGUGAGAGAAAGAAAGGAAGGAAGAAGAGAGAGGCUGGAAGUGAUGAUGAAGAUGGUACUGGCAGAGGCAGGCAGAAAAAGAAGGGAAGAAAGAAGAGUGACGAAGGCUUAACUGCCAAACAGAAAGGACGCAUUGUCUCCAAGGCUACCAUUUCCGAUUCAUCUGAUGACUCAGAUGAUGCAAGGCUCAAAAUUGCCAGUGGAUCAGAUAGUGAAGGAGGAGGAACAAACAAGAGAAGACGAGUUAUGUCAGACUCUGGGUCGUCAAGGUCACGUUCACGCUCAAAGUCUGGUUCCCGCUCAAAGUCUGGUUCCCGCUCUCGAUCACGUUCUGGCUCAGGAUCGAGGUCUCGAAGCCGUAGCGGUUCUAGGCGAAGUCGUAGUGGUUCUAGGCAAAGUCGUAGCAGUUCGAGACGAAGUCGUAGCGGUUCUAGGCGAAGUCGUAGCGGUUCGAGACGAAGUCGUAGUGGUUCGAGACGAAGUCGUAGUGGUUCGAGACGAAGUCGUAGUGGUUCGAGACGAAGUCGUAGCGGUUCGAGACGAAGUCGUAGUGGUUCAAGACGAAGUCGUAGUGGUUCAAGACGAAGUCGUAGCGGUUCAAGACGAAGUGGAUCAGGCUCGAGGUCAAGAUCAAGAUCAGGCAGUAGAUCACCAGCUAGAUCAAAGUCAGGGUCAAGAUCAAGGUCUAGUUCACGAUCUCGUUCUCGUUCAAGGUCUGGUUCCAGGUCAAGAUCGGGUUCGCGUUCCCCAGCUAGGUCAGGAUCUGGUUCGCCACGCUCUAGAUCUGGAUCCAGGUCUCCUGCUCGUUCAAAAUCUGGGAACGAUAGCGAUUAAUUUUUGUGGUUUGGGUUACUCAAAAGAUGUACAGAACCGAAUGUUCUCGUUACAUCUUAGGCAAGAGUACAACUCUUAGAAAAAAGAUACCCUUAUAGAGGUGAAAUUUAUGUAUCCUAUACAGAUACUAUACCUGCAGUUUUUUAUAGUUACGUACUUGUAGUCCUUGUAUGAGAUGCCAUAGGUAGUUCAUUUAAAAAACAAAAGUGAUCUGAAUGUUACUUGCUAUUCUUGUGGACAGAGAUAAAAAUCCUGUUUGUUUUAAUCUUACCUUAUUGGAGUUUACUGUCCAGAUCAGUUUUAAUAGUAAAUUUACUUGAAACUUAAGUGUGAGAUUUACUAAAAAAAAAAAAAUUGUUUGUGUUUAAUCAUUGAUCCAUUCUCUCGGUGAAACUAUAUGCUUCAUCUCGGAAAAAGAUAUGGGAAAGUUAUGUUUGCAUCGGUUUUUAAAAUGAGGAAGGACCUACAAGGUUCAUGCAAAGAAAAAAUUAAAUUCCUCCUACUUCCACUGUCCAUUUAUAAACCUGCCAUUUGGUUACGAAAUAUCAAGUAGUACUUGUACUUGUAAAGGAAAUUAUUUUUCUGAUUUGCUGUUGAAGCAAGAUUAAGCAGGGUACAUAAGUUCAUCAGUUUUGGAAAAAAAAUGAGCAAUCCAUCAGAUGACAAAGUUUGUUAUGCCAUAACUGAAAUAUAAAUUGGAAGCGGUUUUCAGCGGUCAUAUUUUAAAAUUAUGUAAUCCAAUAUUGUAUCUUUGAAUUCAGCAUGCUAAUUCUUGGUUUCUGUGGUUAUUUUAAAUUUUAAGAUAAGAGGUUAACAUGGCUCUAGAUGGAGAUCGUUAAGUGUAAGCUGUACACUUAAAAAUUCUUUGUCGUUACUUGGCAUUUUUUUUAAUGUAUAGAAUUUUCAUCGUUACUCAGCAUUUUUUUUAAUAUUGUAUAGAAUUGAUUUGUGAUUGUAAAGAUUGUUAUUAAACUUUUAGCACAGGUCAAGUAAACAAUUAUUAUAAGACUAAUCUUGAUAGUCACAAGCAUAUAUAUAUAUUUUUUUUUACACAAACUUUGUCAUAAUUCUCCAUAAUACAAGGAAUAUAGAACUUAUUUAUUUCCAGUUUAAUGAAAACCAUUUUGUUUAAAAUUUGAUUAAAUAAAUAAAUUUACUUUUUUG